AAAAUUGACUAUACAAACAACAUGGUGGACACGUUUAGGAAAUAGUUUCAUUUAAAUAAUUUGUAUUUUUCAAUAUUUCUUGAUUUUAAAGUGUAAAUAAUAUACAUAAUACAAAAUUAAUAGUUUUAGACGAACAAACAAUGACAAUUUCAAGCAAAAAGUCCUCUAAAUCAAACAUUGACGAUGCGCAUGCAAAUCAAUCUUUGUUGUCAAAGGCUCUGACCCCGGAGUUUCAUUGGGGCGAUAAGGAUGAAUUUUUGGAUGUGAUUUAUUGGAUGAGACAAAUACUGGGUGUUCUGCUAGGUCUUGUAUGGGGCGUUAUUCCCCUUAAAGGAUUUAUUGGUCUUGCUUUGUUUAUAUUAGUGAAUGUGGCAAUUGUGUACAUUUAUUACAAUAGUUUUCAAAAGAUUGAUGAAGAAGAAUAUGGUGGUGCCUCAGAAAUUCUUAAAGAAGGUCUUAUGACAUCAUUUUCAUCAUUUUUAGUUGCAUGGAUCAUUUUGUACUCUGCACUGCAUUCUGAAUCAGGUUCUUAGCCAUUGUUCCCUACUGUAGAAGAAUUACAGUGAUAUUUUAACUGCUAUGUUAUUAUAUUUCCUUAAAUUUAAUGAACAUUUGGCUCUUAAUUAAUCAGUUAAUAUUUAUCUUAAGAUUGAUAUUUGUGAUAGUAAUUAUUUAAAAGGCAAUAUUCAAGAUACCUUAUGAUGAUCGGUAAUAAACAUUUUCUUUUGUUAUUUGUAAUUUAUAAAAUCAAUAGCAAAAGUAUUGCCAUGUUGGUAAUCAUUUCAGCUCUAUAAUGGUGAGAGUAAUCAUGGCAUUUUUUGUCAAUUAUUUAAAAAUUCAUUUGUUAAUCAUCUUUCAUCUCAAGUUUUCACAGAAAAAAAUUGUUUAAGUUGAAACAUUUGUACUUUGAUUUUUUUUCCAAGUAUGAUUAAAUGCCUUGUAUUGCUUGAUAUUUGUUGUAAACAUUGAAUGUAUGCAUUAAAUAGUCAUGUUUUAGCUAUAGCACUAGAGUGAAAGCUGCAUUGUUUAAAUGAAUUUCUUCUUUCUUUUAAACAUGCAGUUUUUUUCUGAAAGCUGAAUACACCUGGAUAACACAAUAUUCUGUUAUUUCAAUAAGAACUUUAACCACAUAACAGUACAGUAAUGAUAACAGCUUCUUCAAGUACUUUAGCGGUUACUGUGUAGUUUAGCUUUUCAAUCAAUGAGUCAGUUAAUAGAGGUUAACAGGAUAAUUUUUUAAAAAGGCCAUGUAUAGCGACAAGUAGUAAAUAAUGCAUUCCAUUUUGAUACUCAUAAAUUAGUUUUAUUAAUAGACAAUGUCUGUGCGACUUCAUGUGGUAUAGUAUUAAAAUUUUUUUUAUCUUAAUUGAAAUAGAAAUUACAUUAGCUUAUUUAGUUAUACUAGUCAUGAUUUAUUUCCUCUAAAUAUAAACAGUACAUUCACUAGCUGCAUACAAAACAAUGCAUGUUGAUAUAUUAGUUGGAUAAAUGAAUUUGUGGUUUUAUAAGUAAGUUUUAACUAAUGUUGUUUUAAGAUAUUUAGAAAACAUUUUUUUUAAAUAGUGACAUGCAAUUUAAGUUUUUAACAGGGACUUUUAACUUUCCAUGAGUCUUGAAAAGAAACUUAUUUUCAAUAAAGGUGCUGAAACUAUGUACCACCUUAUAGUAUUUUGAUAAAUCAAUUAUUGUGAUUUCAUGUUAUGAUAAAUGUUUCUUUUGCAAUAAAAAUCUAGUGAGAGCUACCUUUUAUGUCAACACUGUCACUUUAAAAAAAUC